ACAAUUAGUGACGUCCCAGUAUCCCUUUCCAUUUUAUAUUUUUAUCAGCUGUUAGGUAUAUUUUAAUCAAUUUUCAUUUAUUUAUAUUUUGCGUACGAUAAGACUUUGAUUUGAACCUGUUAUUAUCAAUAUUGUUUAGUCGAUUUUUUCACGGAACAGUUCAAAAUACAAGGUUAAUCAGCCAAGGUGCAAAGGUUCAUACAACUCAUUUAUCCUCAGUCUCAGCAGUUUAACUAGGACACAUAUCACGUAAAGAUGGCUUUUCAACAGAUUCAGAGAGCCCUUCUUCGCCCAUCCUUUAGAGCAGUUGCAAAACUACAAACUUGCAACGCCUCAUCAUCACCUAACGGAUACAACUUUGCCUUAAAUGAUACUCAAAAAGAGUUUCAAGAAUUGGCCAGGAAAUUUGCUCGAGAAGAGAUUAUUCCUGUUGCUGCUGAAUAUGAUAAAACUGGAAAAUAUCCAUGGGACAUUAUUAAGAAAGCGUGGGAGAUUGGACUAAUGAAUGGACAUAUCCCUCAAGAAAUUGGUGGUAUGGGAAAUAGUGUUUUCGAUGGUUGUCUCAUUGCAGAAGAAUUGGCCUAUGGAUGCACUGGUAUUAUGACUGCUUUGGAAGCCAGUGGUUUGGGGCAAACACCAGUUUUGAUUGCGGGGAAUAAAGAGCAGCAAAAGAAAUAUUUGGGCCGUUUACUUGAAGAGCCUCUUGUUGCUGCAUAUUGUGUCACUGAACCAGGUGCUGGCUCUGAUGUGAGUGGUAUUAAAACCAGAGCUGAGAAAAAAGGUGAUGAAUGGAUAAUUAAUGGUCAGAAAAUGUGGAUUACAAAUGGAGGAGUUGCCAAUUGGUAUUUUGUACUCGCACGGACUAAUCCAGAUCCAAAAUGUCCAGCUGGUAAAGCAUUCACUGGAUUUAUUGUUGAAAGGGAAACUCCUGGACUGACCCCGGGAAGAAAGGAAUUAAACAUGGGUCAAAGGGCUUCCGACACCCGCGGCAUCACAUUCGAAGACGUCCGAGUCCCUAAAGAAAACGUCCUUGUUGGCGAAGGCGCCGGUUUCAAGAUCGCCAUGGGCACUUUUGACAAAACCAGACCCCCAGUCGCAGCUGGAGCUGUUGGUUUGGCUCAGAGAUGUCUCGAUGAAGCCCUAAAAUACGCCAACGAACGGAAAACUUUCGGUGUUCCUAUUUCACACCACCAAGCAGUUGCCUUUAUGUUAGCCGAUAUGGCAGUGGGAGUUGAGACAGCUCGACUUGCUUGGAUGAAAUCGGCCUGGAGGGUCGAUCGAGGCGAAAGAAACAGUUACGAAGCGGCUAUUGCUAAAUGUUAUUCUGCUGAUGUUGCAAACAAGUGUGCCACUGAUGCCGUACAAAUUUUCGGGGGCAAUGGGUUUAAUAGCGAAUAUCCCGUCGAAAAACUCAUGAGAGAUGCUAAAAUUUACCAAAUUUAUGAAGGAACCUCGCAGAUCCAGAGGAUUAUUAUUUCGAGGGCUAUUCUCGACAAUGCGAAACAGAUGAGCUAAGUUUUAAGUUGUUAAGGUUUCAUGAAGGAGUGAUUUAUUAUAAUUUUAAGAUAAACCUAUUAUAAAUAUUUUACGAGAUAUUAUUUUGUAUAAAAAUGAAUUUUCAAUAUACGGAUUUACAAGUA